AUGGCGGAAGCAGAGACUUGCAAAUUGGUGACCACAGACCCCAAUCCUGACCAUUACCGAAAGAGGUGCCGGUGGUCUGCAGGAAUCCACACAACAACAGCGAAGUGCAACUCUCCUGUGUCCUGCCGUGUAAUAUGGAUUAGUGCUAAGGAUUUAGCCGUCACCACAAAGCGACCCGACAUUUCUGUUCCCAUUGGCCUACAAGCCUACCACAAAUACUACCAUGGAGGGACUAUGCUCAAUCCCUGCAGGGAAUAG